AUGCCUGCAAAUUGCAACAAAUGCGUCGGACCGGACAACGACAGAAUGGUUCAAUGCGAUCAUUGCAACGCCUGGUACCACUUCGACUGUGUUUCAGUCGAUAGCAACGUGGCCGACGUCAGCUGGACUUGCGAAACGUGUCAGCAGACCCCAUCGCCCAUCAGCGUGGGACCGACAGCUUCGUCAUCGCCAACCUUUGUGCAAGGUAACCGGCAAGUGCAAUUUGCACCAUCGUUUCCUACUACAAUAGCAACUCAAAGUUCGGCGCACCACGUGAUGACGUCCGGAGCAACACUAUCGCGAACUAUUACUUCACAAGCCUUUGCGUCAGCUAUGCCGACGCAUAUUACAUUGCCGCCCACCACCGCCAUAAGCACAUCUCAGACAUCGUCGAAUUUCGCACCGUUUACCACAGGCAAUAAGGUUCAGCAUACUUCGACGACGACUGCGGCUACAGGGCACCUUUCAAUGCCCCCGGCAACGGUAUCGGCACCACUCUUAGGAGUCAAUGUGGUAACGUCCCCGAUCGCACCGAGCGCUCAAAGCGGAAACCUUUUAAUAGGCACAUCGCAAGCUCUAGGCAAUUUCGGUAUGCACCGCAAUCUCCAGCUAGAACGGCUGGAAGAAGAAAUGAAAAUCCAGCAGCAAUACUUGGAUGAGAAAUAUAAAAUUCUAUCACAAUACAAUGAUUUACCUUUAACUAGUUCCUCAAUGGUCGCGCCAAGCCACGGGCCUACAACAGCACAGCUAGCCGCCAGGCAAGCUAUUCCGAAACAACUUCCCAUGUUCAAUGGGGACCCAGAAGAAUGGCCGCUAUUCAUUAGCACAUUCCAAAACAGCACCGUAGUGGCGGGCUAUACGAACGCUGAAAACCUUAUAAGACUACAGUCUUGCCUGAAAGGCAAAGCACGGGACAUGGUUAAAAGCAAGUUGUUUUUACCGUCCAUGGUACCCGAGAUAAUUAAAACACUUGAGAUGUGCUUUGGUAGACCUGAACACAUAAUCGAGCGUUUAAUGAUCAGAGCGCGCAGCAUGUCACAGCUCAAGGACAAACUAGAAAGUCUUAUUGAGUUUGCACUGUGCGUGAGAAAUAUUUGCACAACGAUGGAAGGCUGCCAGAUGCAUAUGCAUUUGCACAAUCCGUUGCUCGUAAAAGAGUUGGUUGACAAACUACCAAAUAACCACAAAUUGAGUUGGGCAGUUUAUCCAAAAGAUAUCAACACACCUGUCGUCAAACAAUUCAGCGACUGGCUCUAUAGUCUGGCUGAAGCAGCGAGCACAGUCGUUAAUCUAGCGCCAGGUAGAGGUGCCGCAGCAGUUAAUACUCAUCGAGUGGAAACGCUUCCACAAAAUCUACGAAACCUUAAGCAAUGCAGCGUUUGCGAUAGUGAGGAACAUAAAGUUGCACAAUGUGAGAGUUUUAAAAACCUUACACUGCAACGUAAAUGGGAAGUGGUAAAAAAUAAAAACCUUUGUCGUCAGUGUUUGAACACACAUAAGCGUAGGUGUUUCUUGAAUAAAACUUGCGGCAGAGAUGGUUGCCCAUUGAAACACCAUCCACUACUACACAACGCAAAUGCAGCGAAGAAUGUAGCACAACCGGGUUUUGUAAGUACAAGCGAGUCGUCGGACGCUCAGGUAAAUACGCAUACCAGCAUUCACGAAGAACAUCAGCCGUUGUUUAGAAUAGUUCCAGUCCGCAUUCACUCAAAUAACAAAACAAUUAAUAUAUACGCAUUCUUAGACGAAGGGUCCUCUGUUACGCUGAUCGAGAAGACGGUGUUGGACGAGCUAGAGGUUAAGGGUGAACACGAACCCCUAUGCUUGCGGUGGACGGGAAGCACCAAGCGCAUUGAGGAAGAUUCCGUCAAAGCCACUAUCAAAGUUUCAAGUAUCACUAACGCACAGAAAUAUUCGUUAAGGGACGUACAUACUGUCAGCGGUCUUGACUUGCCUACGCAAUCAAUUGAAGCGUCCACCCUGUGCGAGAAGUACCCAUACUUGACCGGGUUGCCGAUUGCGUCAUACAAUAAUAUAAAACCGUCCUUGUUGAUCGGAGUCGAUAAUUGGAAAUUAGCAGUGCCACAAAAAAUUAAAGAGGGGUUAUGGUUCCAGCCUAUAGCUUCGAAAACGCGUUUAGGUUGGACGCUGCAAGGAUGCCAGGCGAGUCGUACGAUACAGCACCGAUUGAACAUUCACACGUGUGAUUGCCAAAAACAAUAUGACGAGCUACAUGGAACUGUGAAAGAGUUUUUCGCUAUGGAAUGCCCCAAAUCGACGCAGUUGCUAUCACAGGACGACGAGAAAGCUGUCAGUAUUUUGAACGACACUUGCCGAAAAGUUGACGGCCACUACGAGAUCGGUCUUUUAUGGCGCGACCCAAAUAAGAGGUUACCGGAAAGCUAUAAUCACUGUUUACAACGAUUAGACUGUCUAAAACGGAAGCUAGAUAAAGACACCGUCUUGGAAUCCAUCAUUAAGAGGCAAAUUGACAACUUAAUCGUCAAAGGAUACGCGCGGAAACUCUCGCCCGCUGAAGCCGCGAUCCCAAAGGGAAAAAUAUGGUACCUACCGAUAUUCGUGGUAACAAACCAAAACAAGCCCGGUAAAAUUCGGCUGGUAUGGGACGCAGCCGCGAAGGCGAACGGAGCAUCACUUAACGACUUUCUUCUCAGCGGCCCAGAUUUGCUAAACUCCCUAGUGAAUAUUCUAUUGGCAUUUAGAGUAGGCAAGGUUGGUGUAUGCGGCGACAUCGCCGAAAUGUUUCAUCGUGUUAACAUACGAGAAGGCGACAUGCACGCGCAGCGCUUCUUGUGGUACGAUGAAGGCGACAAAGCUCGGUAUCCAAGCAUUUACGUGAUGCGCGCUAUGACGUUUGGGCUAAAUUGUGCGCCUUGCAUCGCACACUUUAUACGCGACAAAAAUGCAGACGACUUCAAGGACCAGUUCCCUCGGGCAGUCGAGGCAAUUAAGAAAAGCCAUUAUGUGGACGACCUGAUCGAAAGUGCAGAUGACGAAAAAUCUGCUCUGGAACUAGCAAAGCAAAUAAAACAAAUCCACGCUGCUGCCGGCUUCCAAAUCCGAGGUUGGUCUUCAAAUUUGACGUCCGUAGUCGAGAAGCUAGAGGAAGACCCAAUUACUACUGCGAAAAUUAAAGAAUGGGGCUCGGCGACGAAGGUCCUAGGUAUGUUUUGGGACCCCCUUAAUGACAGUUUUAAGUAUAUUUGCAGGUUCACGAAGCUUCGUCGAGACGUUGUCAAUGAAUCACUCACACCAACAAAAAGGGAGAUUCUGCAAGUACUUAUGUCAAUCUUCGACCCACUUGGAUUCGUAAGCUGCUAUACCAUAGGCCUAAAAAUUAUACUGCAAGAAGUAUGGCGCGCCGGAAUCGCUUGGGACGAGCCGUUGCGCGACGAUCUAAACAACAAAUGGUGUCAAUGGAAAAACGUAAUGCAGCUUAUACGUGACGUCAAUAUAUCCAGAUGUUUUUCUCCAUUAUUGCAAGAUGCACAAGACGUCCAACUCCAUACUUUCGUGGACGCGGGGGAGGGCGGCUACGCAGCAGUCUGCUAUCUGCGGGUUAAGAGAGAUGACGAUGUAACGGUUUCCCUGGUAGCCGCGAAAUCGAAAGUCGCGCCAUUGAAACCACUCUCUAUCCCAAGGCUUGAGUUGCAAGCAGCCGUGAUCGGCACAAGGCUGGCCGAUAUGGUAACGAGUGUGCAGCGAAUCCCUAUUAAGUCGAAGCACUGGUGGACGGACUCCAAAACCGUACUGCGUUGGAUUCGUAUGGAUCCAAAACACUUCCACCAAUACGUUAUGCAUCGAGUGGGCGAAAUCCUAGAAGCUUCAAAUGUCAACCAGUGGCGUUGGGUUCCAUCGAAAGCUAACCCCGCCGACGUAGCCACCAAAUUUACAACGCGAUCAAACUACCGGCUCUGGUUCACUGGCCCGGAUUUCUUAGUUUUGGACCAAAAGGCAUGGCCGCAGUGUGACGAAAUGAGCGUUAAUACGGUUAAAGUUCCAGAGCUCAGAAAUUUCGUUUUGCGUAUCGACGGGCUGCAGUUGCAAAAAAUUACAGUCAACACCGAAUACUUCUCCAACUGGAAACGUUUAUACCGAGCCGUGGCCACAUUUGCGUUAUAUGUGAACAGGCUGCGAUCAGUGAUAAGAGGUGCUAGCUCUAAAAAGAUCACGAUAGACUUCGAAGACACGAAACGAGCCCAAAGUUUCCUGGUGAAAUACGCACAGAGUACCGAAUUUAGUGAAGAGAUUAGUUACCUACAACGCGUGCGGUGGAUGCAUGAAAACCUACAUCAUCUAAUGCAUGAGACGAUUAUCAAUCGGGUGCGAAGUCAAUAUUUCAUACCUCGACUCAGGGUGCUUUACAGACAG